AUGUUGAAAUUACUACUUGUGAUUUGCGCGUCGACAGUAUUCAACAUCGAGACAAAUGCCGACCCAGCCUCUGUGUCAGGCGGUAAGCUCCAUGUUCGGCACAGACAGAAGAGGAGCUUUGUCCAGUACGGCAUGAUGAUACACGCGGUGACGGGACGGAACCCGCUGGACUUCAAUGACUACGGCUGCUACUGCGGAUUGGGCGGGUCGGGAACACCUGUGGACAACAUAGACAAGUGCUGCCAAGACCAUGACCAAUGUUAUGAUUCAACGUCUUUGCCGAAAAUCACCACAUACACCUAUAUCGCAAGCCCUGGAUCCGUGACUUGUCAGGACCCCCCUGGCUCCAAUGAACGGGCGGUGUGUGAGUGUGACCGGGUGUCCGCUCUGUGCUUCUUUGCCCACCUUAGCGAGUAUACGGAGAAGAAACCCUGCAGCACUGUCGACAGCGGUACUAGUACUACUACUAACCAGUGCCCCUUGGAUGUCAUGUUUCUGAUUGAUGGAUCCUGGAGUAUCGGCCAAGAAGAGUUUGAGAGGGCUAGAGCCUACAUCUCUCGCAUCGUAGAAUGUUUCAGCAACGGUGCCGUUACGGAGGUCGGUGUAAUCCAGUAUUAUGACUGCACACCAAAGGUCGGCAUACCGUUGGGCCACUACCGUUGGGACACUCCUGGUCUCCUGAACGCCAUUAGAGACUUCUACUUUAGUGGAGGUCAAGCCGAAACUGAAGCUGCCUUGAGAUACUUGACAAGAGUGGUAGGACAGUUUAUGAAUUAA